GGAGUCGGAUUUAUGCGCUGCGAGAGGGUUCGGGACGGGCGGCUGGAGCGGCGGGCGGCGCCGGCUGGAGCAGCAUGGGUGUGAUAGGUGUGCAGUUGGUGGUUACCAUGGUAAUGGCUAGUGUCAUACAGAAGAUCAUACCUCACUAUUCUCUUGCUCGUUGGCUUCUCUGUAGCGGCAGUUUACGAUGGUAUCAACAUCCUACUGAAGAAGAACUACGGAUUCUUGCGGGGAAACAAAGAGGGAAAAGCAAGAAAGAUAGAAAAUAUAAUGGUCACAUUGAAAACAAGCCUUUAACCAUUCCAAAAGAUAUUGAUCUUCAUCUGGAAACGAAGUCUGUGACUGAAAGGGACACUAUUGCAUUACAUUACUUUCCUGAAUAUCAGUGGUUGGUGGAUUUCACUGUUGCAGCUACAGUUGUGUAUGUGGUGACUGAAGUGUAUUACAGCAUUGUGAAGCCCUCACAAGAAAUGAAUAUCAGUGUAGUGUGGUGUCUACUUGUCUUGGCUUUUGCAGUUAAGGUACUAUUUUCAUUGACCACUCAUUACUUCAAAGUAGAGGAAGGAGGUGAAAGAUCAGUCUGUGUCACAUUUGGCUUUUUCUUCUUUGUGAAAGCAAUGGCAAUUUUGAUUGUGACAGAAAACUAUCUAGAGUUUGGGCUGGAAUCAGGAUUCUCAAAUUUCUCAGAAAGUGCUAUGCAGUUCCUUGAAAAGCAGGGUUUGGAAUCCCAGGGUCCUGUGUCUAAACUAACCUUCAAAUUGUUCCUGGCUGUUUUGUGUUCACUUAUUGGUGCUUUUUUGACAUUCCCUGGCUUGCGACUGGCUCAAAUGCAUCUGGAUGCUCUGAAUUUAGCAACAGAAAAAAUAACACAAACACUGCUACAUAUAAACUUCUUGGCACCUUUAUUUAUGGUUCUUCUCUGGGUAAAACCAAUCACUAAGGACUACAUUAUGAACCCACCUUUGGGCAAAGAGAGCAUACCUUUAAUGUCAGAAGACACAUUUGACACCAUGAGAUUGUGGAUUAUAAUCCUGCUGUGUGCUUUACGAUUGGCUAUGAUGCGCAGUCAUUUGCAGGCCUAUCUGAAUUUAGCUCAGAAAAGUGUGGAUCAAAUGAAAAAGGAAGCUGGCAGAAUAAGCACAGUGGAUUUACAAAAAAUGGUGGCUCGAGUAUUCUAUUACCUUUGUGUAAUUGCACUGCAGUAUGUUGCACCACUGGUAAUGCUUCUUCACACGACUCUGCUUUUGAAAACACUAGGUAAUUAUUCUUGGGGCAUCUACCCAGAACUGAGUUCUAACACUCCAGUAGAAAACAGUUUGCUUCAUAAUUCAGCUUAUUCUGAAUCUGUACCUGCUGAUGGAAAGAUGAAAGUAACCGUAGUACAAAUAACAAUGGCUUUGGGAAGCCUAAAGAAUAUUUUCACUCCUCUCCUGUUUCGGGGACUCCUGUCGUUCCUUACCUGGUGGGUUGCUGCUUGCCUCUUUUCUACAAGCCUUUUUGGGCUUUUCUAUCACCAGUACCUGACUGUAGCAUGAACAGAUCAACUGAUAAGUAUGAAGUCAAAUUCCAGAUACAAACCCAGGUACCCAGGAGGAGGUGAAGAAAAAAAGAAGAAAGAUAUUUAUGAAGAGAAAACAUAUCAUAUUUUUUAAAAUCUUCCUCUGUGUUCUCAGGGUGAAUAUUCUUCAAAUGCUUAAAAUCACAACUGGGUUUGUUAGUUUUGUUACCCAAAUGGUAGGUAACUUAUUCAAUUCUAGUGGUAAGACUGAUAUUAUUAUGUGGCAGGCAUUGGUGUGCAUGUUUAAAUGUUACAACUUCAGAGUAUCUUGGUUUCCAUAAAGAGGAAGUCGCCUUUAACACUUAAAGAAUCAGCAGUCAGUAACUGAACUGUGUGAGUAGGUUCUGGUCAUGCUGAUGGUGGCUACUUGUUGAGUAUAAUAUUGAAACUGAGCCAUACAAUGGACAGAAAAAGGGGAUUUUAAAAAGUUCUGUUGGAUAUUUUUUGAUCACUUUUCAGCAUGAAAAAUGAAAUAAUCCAACAGGACAAAAGCAAUGCUGUAUAUUACAGUAAGGAAAGUUGUAUAAAAUUUCAAUUUAACAUAAGAAAAAAUGUAUGGACCUGGCAGGUAUUGCUGCCUAAAUAUUAUGCAGGAAUGCUUGCACAGUGAAAGGAGAGUUAUAGAAAAAUAAAUAAAUAAAUAACUUCAGUCCCUAAGUCAUUUUGAAGUAAUGGCCAUUUGUAUUGGUGCUAAUUUUGAUCCACAGAUUCCAUUCGGAUCUUUUAAAAUUUUUCUUUUUAGAUAAUAGAUAAAAUUCCAUUGAAUUCACAAAAUAGUAUAAUUAGACUAGUGAUUCCAAUUAAACAUUUCAAAACAAUACAGUUUAAUCCUGCUGACUGAGAGUGUAUGUAUCUGUGAUGUACAUAUAUAUAUAUAUAUAUAUAUAUUAUAUAUAAAAUAUAUAAUAUAUAUGGAGUUAUAAAGUAUGGAAUCUUUAUUUUAAAUUACUGAAUGUAUAUUACAGGGCCAUGGGAGAGGGAUAUAUAUGUAUCUAGUAAUUUCAAGAACCCAUUUGAAAUGAAAAUUAAAUUUUUUUGAAAGUUCAGUUGAAAGGGCUAUUUGUUUUUGGUGCCUCUACAAAGGUACUUAGCUCUACUAAAGAACUUAUGCUGUUCUGAAAGAAGAGAUCUGCUUCAUCUCUUAGUCUUGAAACUUCUGCUCUGUCAGAUCAUUUCCUUUAAUCAGUCUAAUUUGUGUUAACUUAGCCAUGCAGUAACAACUGGUAUCUCUUGGCUUCAGAAAUAAAUUUUCUGUGUAGUAAAACAGUUGUUGUAAGGAGGAACAAGCUUUAACUUCACAACUUUUGCUUAACUGGAGGGAUAGAGCCUACAUAUCAAGCCAUUGUGAAACAAUGGUUGAUGAAGUUUUGGAUAUUUUGUGUGAUGGGAUAACAGGACGGUUCAUAUGCAGUAGCUUUUUUUUAAAAAAAAAAAAAAGUAAAUAUUUCACUGUGCAGAGUUCAGUGCUUCUUUGACUAAUAUUGGCUAUUUUUAUGUUACUGUUCUAUUUUUUUCUCUUUGUGUACCACUUUAGCAUACAAUCAGCAUUUCUAAAUGAAAGAGUUUAACAAAUAUUAAAUAUGUUGCAAAAUUACCAUGUGGGAAAGCAAACUGCCAGUGAAUGCAGAAAAAUCAGAGUUUACACUGGUGAUAAACUGUCUUGCUAUGUCAAAUACCUUUUAAGUAUUUACUAACACUAGGAAAAGAUCUGCGUACACCAGCUAAUACCUACUGAAUGUGUUUGGGAUAUCUUGAGAACACCUUGCAUGACUUGACUGGUUUCAUUGCAGUGUAAUAUUUCAGUGCUACUGGUGCUGCAAGCUUUGUUUUUUUACACCAGCUUUCCAUGACUAACAAGGACAAAGAUUCAUCUGUGUAGAUUGGACUACAGUAUUUUACUUCAUAGAUUCAGGUCUUGAAAUAUUCCUAGGAUUUGUAUUUCAGAUGAAUAGAAUGAGAAAUCACAGGUGCAGUAAUACUGGAUCCAGUUUCUGUUAAUUCAGGAUAUUUCGUUAACAUAAGAAUAAUGCAAGCAUCUAAGUCAUAGGUGGGUAUCCACCUUUAAUGUUUCAGUCAUUAAACUAGUAAAACAAUGAAGUACAAAUUGAUACUGAUUGUAAACUUGACCCAAAAAGCUCACUGCAUGAGAUUGUUGCAGUUGAAGGAUAGGAAAAAGAUGACUUCAAAAUAAUGCUGUUUCCUUUAGCAUAGUGUGUAUUCUUGGAAGCUCAUAGAUAGAAGUGACUAUGGUUACAUAAUACUGACUUCGGCAGAGGACUGUGUGUAGCUCAGCUUUGCAGAGCUUUUGUUGAGGAAUCACACUGUUUUAUGUUUCAGAUAUCAUACAGUUCACAGUGAAAUAUGCGCUGGUUGAUGCUACCAUUAAGAUCAGUGCUUCUGGUUGUUAUUGUUCUGUUGUUCCAUGGAAUGGGAAGGAUGACCCUCUGAUCAGCAGUUUGAUCUGAGUAGGAGGCAGUUUUCUUUGGUUUUAUUUAAUCCGCACAUGAGGCUUACCGAAAACUGUAAUAUAGCAAUAAACGUCUUUGAACUUUAAGAUGAUAGUGAAAUGGGAUGAAGUAUAUUGCUAUAGUUGUGAGCAAUGCAUUUUGUAACUACCUUAUAUGACAUGCUCAGAAGUGACUUUUAAAAUAAAAUAGCAGCCUUGAUAGUUCUGACCUCCAUGUAUAUUAUGUAAACUAAGUAGUAUCUGCUCACUUGUUGAGGAAGUUCCUCUAAAACAGCAGCUGGCAAAUGUGUCCCCCCUACACCACCAUCCCCAGAGAGAUUUAUUGGCACUUUGUAGGGAAAAAGCAGCUUGCGAAAAUGGAAAAGCAGGUAGAAUAAGUCUGAAUUGCUAGUAAUUUUUAUUCAGGAUUCUUGCUUUUUCUUCACUGCCUACUUCAUUUUUGAGAGAGUUCAGAAGGGAAGAUGCCUUUGAUGAAGUUCAGAUCUCGUUUAUCACUCUGGUAAUGUGACUUACUGGCCUGAUGCUUUUAUUCUUUUUUCUGUUCACAACUUUUUCCUUGCAUUAGUUAUGAAGAACUGACCUAGCUAGAUUAGUUAACAUUUGUAUUUUGAUUAUUGUUUUGUGGGCUUGAAUUUAUUGGUCACUGCAGGACCAGUUCUUUAAAUAAUUUAAAUAAUUCCAAAGUCCAGCUGGAAUUUGAACAGAAUUACUAGUAGGUUAAAAACUCUUUUUCUAUUGCAGUUGUCCCUUCAGACAGAAAGUUAAGAUGGUAUUAAAUCCAUGUCUUCCAACAAGAUUCAGGAUAGUCCAAGUGUAGCAUUUGGGCUAGAGAAGUUAAAUGGGAAAAGGAAGUGGGACUUGAACAAACCUGCUUUUCCACUUUGCAAGCAGUGUUCUCAGGCAGCACUUGACCUUUGUUGAUCAUUUGAGGCUCUAGGAUUUUCCAGGUGUUGAAGGAACUGUGGCAGUUUUUUUCUCUUCUUGUUUUCUCUUGCAUGAGAAGCAAACAUGAGAAAAAGUAUUAAAUCAGUACAAGAGAAGAUCCUUUACAGGGGGAUGUGCUUUAGAAAACUCAUUUCUAUGGCAGUUGUUCUUCAACUUCUACCCACAAAUACUGGAAGAUAAGCAAAUAGAAAUGCGUACUUACCUGAAUUGUAAAGUCAUACUCACUACAAAAGAUGCCGUCAAGAUACAUCAUCUAUGCAAGUAGGUAGCAUAACUUUAAUGUGUAGAUAGGUAGUUAGUGCAGAGUUUUCAACUAACGUCAAAGAAGCAAUUAAAAUUAUUUUUAUUAUGCUGUACUGAAGUACAGCUGAAUUCUAAUAGAGGUCAUGGAUUGAACAGAAAAUGUAAAAGUAUCUUAUAUGAAAAUGUGUAAGGCUUUUUGAAGGCUCUACAAGGUAAAAUGCCACGUGUGUUUUUAUUCUCAAAGGAUUGUUUUAGACAUUGUCUUUUUUUUUU